AUGUCCAUUCCACAAUCCCGCCCCUGCUCCCAGUCGGCAACCUCCACUUCCUCAAUCCCGCACUACCAAUUCACCCCAACACUUCCCCCCCUCCAACAAUCCCCCCACCCAGCGCUCUGGGACAUUGAAGAAUCCUUACGGGAAGAGAAAGCCGCAAAAGCUGAAGCUGCCAAACGCAAGGAAUAUUGGGAGCAAGAACUUGGUGUUUGCGCGUUUUUUUCUUUCCUCAAGUCUCGCUUUUCCUCACCUUCCUCACCUUCCUCUCCUACAGAUACCGCCUCGACUGAGUCUGCUACAAGGAUCACACACCCGCUUAUCCCGAGGGCGAGGGCCUACCAGCGCAGGAGGACGGUGGGAGGUGGAGGAGUAGGCGGAGGGCUGCGCUCGGGGAGCACGUGUGCGAGCCAAUCGGGUAUGAGGGUGAAGACUGGAAAGGGGAGUAGGGGUGCGGGAGGAGGAGGAGGAGGUGUCGGGAGCUCGAGGGGCAGAGGAGGGUUUUAUUGGGAUGUUGCCAGCAGCGUGGGUAGUGGGAAGAGUUCUUGUGUUGGGGCGGGAGUUUGGGGGCCCGUAUAGAGUUUGCUUUUCUGCUUUGGGUUGCUAGUUAUUGGGGGGCUGUGUAUUCUUUCGUACUCUUCUUUUCGGCCUUUUCGUUGUGGAUUUAGUUUGUUGGCUGUCACUAUUGCUACUUCCCGUUCGAUGUGUGGUGGUGGUGUUUUUUUUUUUUUUUUUUUUGAUUCGGUUUAAUUGUGGGUUUGGUGUAUACUUUCCUUCUCAUUUUCUCUUCUCGGAAUGCAUAAUGGCGGGUAUAUCUUGGGAGUAUGUCCUUCCUUUUUCUUUUUCUUUUUAGCCUUCUUUUGUUUGGGGAAGAAUCGCAAGUAGCAGCAUGCUGCUACACAUGCAUACGCACAACACUGUACCCGUGCUAGUGUAACAUGAGAUGGCGCUUUAGCAAGUUUUCUUUUUUUGCAUAUGAUACCAUGCGAUAGUAGGGUACAGCAGUCGACUUAUCUUUGCUUACCUUUCCUUAAUUACGAUAGAAAUGCUUUCCCAACAUGUUCUCGUCUUGUAUUGUAUAAGUUUAUCCUUCCCUUGGCAUUUGCUUUGGAUAGUGGAUUGCAGAGGCUCCUAGUAAUCAUAUCACUACUUUACCCCUU